AUGAGGCCGGAAGGCCGACCCCUCCCGCCGCCCCUACCAGCGCAGCUCCCUCUCUCGGGGGGUCGCGGAGCGCUCCAGGGCGCCUCCCCCCGCGGAAACGGCAUCGACGGGACUUGGGUUCCGCUGUUGCCAGCGGCCUUCCCGGACUGUCACCGCGGUCCCGCGGCGCCGGCCGGAGGAAGAGGCCGCCCUCGCCGUUUGCGGGCCUCGCUGCAGGCGGGCGGCGGGUCUUCUCGGAAGCCCAGGGCUCGUGCGACGCCUCCCCCCGCCUCCUUGCCGUCUUCCAGCGCUAUGGCCGUCCCAGGUUGCAACAAGGAUAGUGUCCGAGCCGGCUGUAAAAAAUGUGGCUAUCCUGGUCACCUGACAUUUGAAUGCCGCAACUUUCUCCGAGUAGAUCCCAAAAGGGACAUAGUUUUGGAUGUGAGCAGUACAAGCAGUGAAGAGAGUGAUGAAGAGAAUGAAGAACUGAAUAAAUUGCAGGCAUUACAAGAAAAAAGAGUAAAUGAAGAAGAGGAGAAGAAAAAAGCAAAAAGCAAGGAGAAAAUCAAGUUGAAAAAAAAAAGGAAAAGGUCUUAUUCAUCCAGUUCCACUGAAGAGGACACUUCCAAGCAAAAGAAACAAAAAUACCAGAAGAAAGAAAAGAAGAAAGAAAAAAAGAAUAAGUCAAAGAGAGGGAAACAUCACAAAAAGGAAAAAAAGAAGAGAAAAAAGGAGAAGCAUUCAUCCACUCCUAAUCCUUCUGAGAUCUCCAAAAAGUAACUGAAUCUCUGGCCUAAGCCAUUAAAUUCUAAGAUUUGGUUUUGAAAAUUAUCUGACCUUCCUUGGAAUUUGCUAUACAAUUAUGCUUUGCAAUAAAUCACAGCCUUUUCCAUAUAGACAUUUUUUUCAUAUAUGGGACCAUUGUCUGGCAAUACAUUUUUAGUGUGCUGACUCUGAAGUAUUGAAUCAGUCUUAUUACUUGAUAGUCAUGCCCCAAAUGUGGAUAUUUGUACCUUCAAAACACAUCAUUUUUGGUAUUCAUGACUCUGUGUCUGACUCUAGUGUUAUUACUUCAUCAGUUGAUUGUAAAUGGCUUUAUUGCAGUCAACACAGGUAAUCGACCUAGCACUUAAUGAGUAUUUGCUAAAUCAAGUGUCCACCUCCCAGUGAUAAAGUGAGGUAGGGAAUAAUGCUUUGCUUUUGACUCUGAAAAAUUUAAUAGCUUUAUAUCCUAUGAUAAUAUAUAAAGAUAGUGAAAUUUUUCACUGCUGUUUUUAAAUUUCAAGCCUUUCUGGAUGUCAUAGGAGAGGAAGCUGCUUUAUUGGUCUUAACAAGGACAUUUUAAAUCAGUGGUGUUGGCAGGAAGACAAUAAUUAAAAGACUUAAGGAAGUUUUACCAUUACACAAAACACAAAGUGUCUAGUACCUGCCACCUCUAUUAUUGUAACAAUUACAAUUUUCUUCCUUGUUUAAAAAGACAAGUGCAAGUGUAGUUCAGCCUCAUAGAGUUGAUGCUGUGUUGGAUAGAAAUUUUAGGAUAGACUCCUGGGUUGUUUUACAAAUGUGCCAUAUUGGCAUCUCUUAAAGUGAUACCUCAAACACAGAACUUUUUAAUUAGGAGGAUGACAGCUAAAUCAUCAUCAGAACUGAUUUUUAUUGUAUUCUGUAUGUAAAUUUUAUGAAGCUUGUUUCUAUGAGUAAUGUGGAAAACUUUUAUAAAUGUGAACAUAAAUAUUUAUUUGUCUAAAAUAAUUUGUAGUUUUAAAGCAGGUUUCACACUGAAUUUAUGGUUUCAAAAAAUGACCAGUUUGGGGCGUUUCUCUCUUUUACUUAGCCGUAGACCUUAAGCGCAGUGACAAAAAUUUAGGAUUAAGAAUUUUAUUCUGUACUUUUUAAAAUAUAAGAGCCAGGGAGUUGCAUCAUGAAAGCCUUUAUAUAACAAUGGAAAUUUUAUAUGGGUAAGCAUUUUCAAACAUAUAUUAGUAGAUAUAAAUGUUUGUUACAUUUUUAAUUUCACAAUGAUCAGUGUUACUUUGCUUAGUCUUCAGAUAGCCCUUACACCCAAUGAGUUAGACACUUCCUGUGUGGCAGCAACAAACAUUAACCAGUUAUCAUGGCUCGGCACCAAAGACUGCGUAUACCUCACUGUGGUGCAGUUAUAAAUUUUCAAGUUGCUAACUUAAGAGACAUGGCUACAGGUGAAUUCAUUUUUGUGAAAUCAGGUAAGUACACGUGACCUCACAGGCUGGGAAGGUGUACUGAUUCUUUCUUCAUCCAGCUCCUCUCACUGGCAUGACCUAAGUCAGACUAGGGGUGCUUCUUAACUCCUCUUAACACGCGCACACCAUAUUCAAAAUCUAGGAAGCUACACCCACAUCCCUAUUCUAGCACUGUAGCUGAGGAAGCUUUCAUACUUCUAGCUUUUUCAUAAUCUAAUUUAGGCAAAUGACCUCCUCAAAAAGAAAUCCUUUUUUAAAAAAUAGUUCUGUCAGUUGUUGGAAUAGGUUUUUAAGGGUUUGUUUGGCCUUGCUGUAUUUUACCUAUUUUUUUAAACUGCAUUUUAUGUAAAUACAGUUCUUUAUCAUGAUGAAAAAAAUAAAAAAGCUUUUAAAAAUGAUUAGAAAAUGCUACAUGCACAAGGAUGACCCCAUCCCAUUUAGUGUAUAACAUGGUUUAAAAAAAUGCUAAUAAUUGUAAUGAAACAAAAUUAAUUCAGGUAUUUGUGAGUUUUAUUUCUGUUUGUUAUAGAGAUUAUGGCUCAUUAGAUUUGUUUUAUGAAUGGGGACACAAUUAAUAAUGGUCCAGAAAAGUUAUAUAAAACUCAGCACUCAUUAACUAAUACAGUGUGCAAAUUAAAAAAUUUUAAUGCUCAGUAAUUUUUUCCACUAGAUUCAUUCUUAGAAUUAUUCUUAAGUAAAUUCCCCAUAGUAUGAGAAUAGUUCAUAAAAUCGCUCAUCUGAAUAAAAUUCAUUUUACUAGUUUUCUUCCAAAGUAAUCUUGUUGUGGGGAUGGCAUACAAAUCUCAUUAAUAAAUUUUAGAAGAUUAGUGAAGUUUUCUCUGAGGCAGUAUGGAGCAGAGGGAAAAGUGAAUUUAACAGUAAAAAUUCCAAAAAAGUCCUGGCCUUUCUAACCACGUGUGACUUUCAACUAAAUCAUUUAGUUUCUCUGGGCCUUGGUGUCUUUCAUCUAUAGCAUAGUGUACCCAGUUUCCCUGAAAGCCCUUCCAGUCCUUAAUGUAUAUGCUCAUCAAUAUUUUAGUACAAUUCAAGUAAUAUUAUUCAUUUUAGAAAUUGUUGUAAGUAAGCAGGUAGCAUUCUAUAAUGGUAGAUUGAAUUUAUUAAUAUAACUGUUAAACACAUUCAGCUUCUUUAAGCAGAUAAUUGAUAUUUGGUUUACAUUCUUACCAACCAAUGUAUGUCAUUUUCACUAGAUGCAUAUAGAAUUUAUGUUUAGCUUUGUAUCUGUAACCUGAUAAUCUGAACACUCUGAGGCUAUCACUUUUAGCUGAUGGAUCUACUGCCCACACAUUCCCUUUCUUUUCUCCAUAUCAUCUGUUGGCUAAAAUCUCUCCAGGUAUCCCUAAUUGUUCACCCUUAAUACAUAUCUGUUUACAUCUUUGAUUCUCUGAGGCCAAAACAUCAAUAAAUAAGGAGUAAAACAA